AUGGACAUUUACAGAUCUCCUCGGACUGGGCAGAGCAUUGAUAAUACCAUUGGCCCCCGGAAGUACAUGAGCAAAGGUCGCCGCGCCUGUGAUUUCUGCCGUUCGAGAAAGUCGGCAUGUCAGAUUGAGGUCGCUCCACCAUGUCGUAUGUGCAGAGCCCAUGGUCAGCGAUGCGAGUUUACCGAUAGAGUAGUGCGCAAGAGACGGCGAGUUGUGCAACCUGGAGAGGGUGACCGUGUGGCAGCAUGGCAACAAGCACCUCGAUCAUCCGAUACGGAUCUGCUGUGGCCGCAGAGUUUAGAUUUCUUAUCCAUGUCGAUGCCAGAAAGCACAUUUCCUCAAGUGUCAUCAAACUCUGAUGACCGCGGUAUGCUAGGUGUGGGACUGAACCAGGAAUCAAGCAAUCAGCUGCAUGCUGCUUUCCUAUCUGGGACAGAGAAUGCAGACCAGUUUACGCUGGAUGACCUCAUGUUGGGCAUAUACGAAGGGAGAACCCCGUCUGAUGUCUAUCAGGGAACAGGAGAUGGCCACAACUCUCUUGAUCAUGCCCUUCUUACACCUCAAAUUUGUGGUUUGACUGGUGAUAUGGAUCCUUACGUCUUGCGCCACUACCGGUUCAACGAUAAGUCCGAGUUUGCAUUUUCGAAACUGGCCAUUCGCAGAGUAGAGGAAGGACCAGUACCCGUGCAAUUCUUGCUAUCGAAACCAGAGCUCAGUGCCGACUCCCGAUCCCAAACAGACCUUCGAAAUGAAUCAAGGUCGAGCGAGACUCCAUCGCGGUCGGAUGAAAUCGUUCCUCAAGAAGUGGGAGAACGAUUGAUCGAACUCUUUUUCCGUUUCAUAAACCCACAAUUUCCAGUUCUCUCCGAGACAAAUAAGCCAAGUCCCCAGACUUCGCCGACUCAUCUGUUGGCAGCAAUAUACUCCAUCACUCAACCCUUUACUCUAUUUGACGAUUACUUAUCUAUCGAGCUCGCCUACAGUCCACCUUCUCCGCAGACUCUAACUAAUAUCGCAUGGCGCUCUUUCAACGACGAGAUUGCCGAACCAACUAUUCUUUCUCUGCAAACCGCCCUCAUUCUAUUGUUACAGCCACCGAAAAAUCCGCUACUGCUCGAAAGUCCAUUGAAAUGGUCACUGCUCGGACUGACAGUCUCAAUGGCACAAACCCUUGGCCUUUACUUAGACUCUAGCCCGUGGAACCUGCCCGCUGAAGAAAUUGAGACUAGAAAAAGAUUAUCCUGGUUGGUCUGGGCAGUUGAUAAGUGGUUUGCAUUUUCACUGGGCCGACCAAGUCAUAUUUCACGGAACGACUGGAUUGUUACCGAGUUGAAUGCGUCGAGUGAUGUGACUGAUCAUGGCAACGAAUCCUACGUCACGCAAUUUUCCAAGCUCACCAAUAUCUUGGACACUGUUUUGACGGAAUUAUACUCGAUACGAUCAGUGUCCAUUCUUGCUAAAGAUUCUCAGCUUGUGAUUUCAACGGCUCGUCCCAUUAUGCAGACUCUCGACGAAUGGCACAAGACUUUUUCGCAAAUUGAGAUCAGAGGAGAUAGCGAAAACAAUGCGGAAAUUUCCAACGUUUCAGCUUCGCUUCAUAUAGCCUUUCACGCCGUAAGAAUACUGGUUUUCCGUGCCUUGUUGCGACCAUUCAACCAACCGAACCAAGAAGGCACCUCUGACAGUCAACACUCAGAUGAAUGGCUCGCAGCACAAACACAAAUUCGCCGUAGUGCCCUCGCCGAAGUGACUUCAGUACUCAAUCUGAUUUCGUCCUUGAGACAGGAACAUUACCAAGCAUUUUGGGCACCAUGGUCUAAAACGUGUUUUGCGCUCAUCACAAACCUCCUACUUUUGUUAUCAGUGACUGCGAAUCGUGCUACUGGCAGAUCACUGCGAGUAGCCGAUGUGUCCGAUCCAAACGGUUCACAACAACCCUCGCCCGAAGAAACCGUACUUGACGAGUAUACGGAAUGUCGACAGCUGCUUGAUCGGGCACGAACCAUUUUCAGAUUACAUGCAAAAACUCUCGAUAUGAUACGGUUCGCCCUUUUGCGUAUUGACGCUGUCUUUUGGGUUGGAUGGGAACGGGUUCUCGGCUACAAAUGAUUAUAAAAGACGUGGCGAGGUCAUUUGGAUAUGUGCACAUGUAU